AUGGCGGCAAUAUUCGAAGAGGCUGUCGUUCAUGGGACACAACAGUUAGAAGAGCUAGUACAAAAGCGAUGGGAUUAUGCAGAGGUUGACAAACCACAAAUCGGCGGUAGUUGUAAGGAAGCUCAUUACCAAAUACAUUCACAAACACCCGAAGGUGAAACUCUGGAAUUUAUUGCCAACACACAGCUCAACACCCUGGAAUUCGUCAUGCAAAGAUCUGGCCUUUCUCUGUCAACUAUUCGCCAUGACCAGGAACUAAACCUUCUAUGGAAUCAGACAUUUCCGAGUUGUCUGUGUAAUGUAACAUGUGAAUCCAGUGAGUAUCGUACACCGGAUGGUUCGUGUAAUAACUUACAGUACCCGUGCUGGGGAAUGAGUGAAACUCCACAGGCGAGGCUUGUUCCUGCUGAAUAUGGAGACGUCAUGGGACUAGGAUCAGCGCCUCGAAACGCCACAUCGGGACCAGACCCUGUAGAAUUGCCGAGUGCACGGCUUGUGUCUCUAACACUCUUCAGAGAUUUCUCAAAGGAAGACAAAGACGACAAACUGUCAUUCGAAGUGAUGAGCUGGGGUCAAUUUAUCGAUCAUGACAUUGUAUUCACACCAGUGUCAAAAGGUGCUGAUGGAAAUAGCAUUUCCUGCUGUGUUGCUCCAGACAAUAGUACUACCCGACAACCAAUUACAGACAGGGUCGAAUGUGCUCCAAUUGUGGUGGAUAUGGCGACAGAUCCACAUUUCACCGACACCACAUGCUUAGAUUUCGUCAGAUCAGCUCCUGCUGUCAGUACUGAUUCAUCUUGUAUCCCUCUAAAAAGAGAGCAGAUGAAUUUGGCGACUUCUUUUAUUGACGGCUCAAUGGUAUAUGGGACAACACUGGAAAGACAAAACUCUCUAAGAGACAUGACUCAGAAUAAAGGUUUGAUGCUGGUAAGUCCUGGUAAUUUACCACCGCCUCUUGGAACCAAUACGACCUGUAGGCUGACUCAAGAAACGAAUGAAUUCUGCAUGAAAACAGGUGAUGGACGAACUCAGGUAGUUCCGAACCUUGCGAAUGACCAUGUCCUACUGCUAGGAAACCAUAAUACAAUAGUUUUGCAACUGGCAGAGAUAACACGUUGGUCCGAGGAAAAGCUCUUUCAGGAAGCAAGAAAGAUAAACAUCGCUAUUAUGCAACAGAUUACAUACGGCGAAUAUCUACCUCUUAUUCUUGGCCCUGAUUUGAUGAACGAGUACAAACUUAUGGUUCGGGAACCAUCUCAUAACAUCUAUAAUGCCGCAAUGAAUCCUACAGUCUUUAACAAUUUUGCUGUAGCAGCAUUUCGAUUCGGUCAUUCGCAGAUUACAGAUUUCCAAAAUUUCCUCAGUAACUACUACAACGACACAACAGUGAAUAGAAUUGAAGACACAUACCUCCGGCCCAUAUUUACUGUCCGUGAACAAGGCAAAGACCUUGAUAAACAUACGAGAUGGAAGGUGACAACUCACUCUGCAGAGGCUGGAAGAUUGUUUCCAAAAGGUGUGUUGGAUCUUCUGUUUCUGGACUCGCUUGGACACAGUUUAGACCUCCCUGCUGUUAACAUUCAGAGAGGAAGAGAUCAUGGUAUCCCGCCUUAUGUCAAUUUUUUGAACGUAUGCGGAUUGGCCAUACCCACUACCUUUGAUGAACUGAUGAACCACACAGUUGCAAAUAGGGCACUUCUGGCGUCUGUUUACAAUGCUGUCUCUGAUAUUGACCUUUUCGCGGGGGGAAUGACCGAAGAAUUUGUAACAGGUGGAAAAGUUGGACCAACGUUCGGCUGCCUCCUUGGAAAACAGUUCCAAGCUCUGAAACACGGGGACCGUUUCUGGUUUGAAAGAAGCACGGUCUUUAAUACAGCCCAACUCAUCGAACUACGCAAAAUGACAUUGGCGAAGGUGAUGUGUCUGAACUUUGACAUGUGUAAUAUUCAACCAGAUGCGUUCAAACUACCAAAUUUCAUUUACAACAGACCGACGAGCUGCAGCAAUCUCCCUGACAUGAACUACAACGUGUUUAGGGGACAGAACCCAAAACCUUCCUCACUAGACUCUGGUAAGACUCGGACAGGGGACAGAACCCAAGCCUUCCUCACUAGACUCUGGAAAGACUCGGACAGGGGACAGAACCCAAGUCUUCCUCACUAG